AUGAGAUACCUGCCGCAGGGUCUCUGGCACCUGCGCAGACGGAAAAGAACCGAAAAGUCGAAGCGGUACGCGAGGAUCGACGAUAACUACGACUCUAUCGAACAGGUGAGACAGCAACCAAGGGAGGGAAGGCUAUCCAGAGGAUCAACAUAGAUCUGUUCACUGCCAUGGGUCACCAAAUUGUACCUAAUUAGUCCCCAUAAAUCUACGUAUAUAUUUUCCCCCAUCCAACUAUAUCCCCGGUGGGCUGUCUUAUCUUUUUUCAGUGGUCUCAAUUUCGCCGGUUUACCUGACGUUGACUUUAUGCCUUCCUCUUUGCUCUAGGUCAAGGAAGCGCUUAGAAACGCAGGUCUUGAAUCGUCAAACCUCAUUAUAGCGGUUGACUUUACAAAAUCUAAUGAAUGGACAGGUUUGUUCUUGAAUUCCAUUAUCCUGGAAAAUAUAUCGUCAUCUGAAGGUUGACUAAAUAGAAUGCCUGCUGAAUUCUUAUGUAGUUAUGCCAUUCUUAUAGACAAAGCACAGAGAGGCUACUAAGUAAAGCCUUUAUUACACCAUGUCUUCAUUUUUUUUCUUCUGAAAGCACAUGCUCAUGCAGGGGAGAAAUCCUUCGAGGGAAAGAGCUUGCAUGACCUUGAUCAUCCUACUCUGAAUCCAUACGAACAAGCGAUAUCUAUCAUUGGACAGACCCUCUCUGGAUUCGACGAGGAUGAUCUGAUACCCUGCUAUGGUUUUGGUGAUGGUGAGUAAUUUAACCUAACUGACAGAAUAACUUUGUAUGAUCCGCCGUUUAUUCAGUAGUUUUGAGUCACUUAAUAGCUUAAAAAGAGUAAAUUAAUUAUGCGCAGUGACCACACAUGAUGAAGAUGUCUUUAGUUUUCUCCCUGAUGACAAGCCUUGCAAGGGCUUUGAGGAAGUGCUGAGAGUAUAUAGGGAGAUAGCUCCACGUGUUAGGCUAUCUGGUAAAUAUACUACAUAAUCUUGACACCUACUACUUAUUCAUAACCCUUUGACUGAUUUUCAAGUGUGACGUUGAUUUUUACAGGGCCAACAUCAUUUGCACCAAUCAUUGAGACCGCCAUCAAUAUCGUAGAUAAGAGUGGAGGUAGAUAUCAUGUAUUACUGAUAAUUGCCGAUGGGCAGGUGAGAAAUUGGCCAUGCAUGAUUAGUUAGCUUAUACUGUUGAUUUUUUGCACUGCAUGUUUUGAUAUUUUUUUAUUUUGAUAGAAUUUUCCUAUAUUUGUGUUGAAAGGUCACACGAAGCGAUGAAAUACCACAUGGGAAGUUUAGUUUGCAAGAAACCAAAACUAUCAAUGCCUUAGUGAAAGCAAGGUGCACAUUUAUGAAAAAAUUAGACUUGAACUAAUUUAAAUUUCUGAAAUAACUGGAAGAUUUGAAUCUUAGACUAUGUUUUAAUAUGUAUAUUGUUGAAUCUGUUGUCAAUUUAUUCAUUCUUUAGUUGUCUAUAUAUUCCUUUUAUCCUUAAUAAAUUCCAUGUUCCUUUGAUGUUAUGAUUGUUAGCACCACUUCUCAAUCAAAUCUUUGCUCAAAAAAUUAUGUACUCAAAAAAUUAUGUAUUUUUUUUCCUAGUAUGAUAUAUAUGAUUCUUGUAGUGAAUAUCCAUUGUCCAUUGUUUGUGUUGGCGUGGGGGAUGGCCCUUGGGAAACAAUGAAGAUGUUUGAUGACUUCGUGCCCGCUCGUACUUUUGAUAAUUUUCAGGUUAUACUCCAUCUAAACUUAAACCAUUGUCCCAAUUAUUCAUAUAACUCGAGAAAACCUAUAAACAUUUACUAUUUCAUACAGUUUGUAGACUUCACAGAGAUAAUGCAAGAAAACACAAACCAAGGAAAAGAGGCAAAGUUUGCAUUGGAAGCAUUGAUGGAGACUCCUGGACAAUAUCAAGCCAUUUUAAGCCUAAAUCUUCUUGGGUAUAAAUUAUAUGUUCCCUCUUGAUAAUGUCUGUUGUUCUCAUAAUAGAAGUUAUCAUAUUCUAACCUACAAAUAUUUUCUGCACAGGCAAAGAAAAGGAGUCUCAGGCAAACCACCUCUCCCUCCACCAGUUUAAUACAAGAAAUCAAAUAGUUACUAUUCAUAAGAAGAUCUUGUCGAGAUAGGUACGUUACAUAGUUUGGGAAGAUUAAAAUAUUGAAGACUUACAGAUUUGACAAUCCCAUAUGCCGAUGUUUAACUAAUAUUUCCUAGAUUAAUUUUAGUAAAGAAAUAUAUUUCCAUCUGAUUACUCAACAAUAGUAAUGAAGAACAAAAGACUCUUUUACCCCUUUAACCAUUAUUUUAUAUUUUUAAUAGCUUUUAAUUUUAUAGCAUGGCUAUCAAAUGACAAUCUAUAAAUGUGCUAUACAUGCUGCCCUUUUCGCUGAAGAUGGUGAUCAUAAAUAAAUUUCCUUAGAACAUCAGAAUGUCUUUGUUGAAGUGGACCAUUGUCUGUUUUCGAUGGGAGACAAACUCUUCAAGGAAUCCCCAGAUGCACACUAGGCAGUAGGAAUGUGGUUCACAAGGGUGUGGUAUUGUCCUUUCUAUUGGAAUUAUUUUUGGCAUCCCAAUUACUACAGACAAACUAUAAAAAAACAUUAAUAUUUCAAAUUUUCAAACUGCUAUUAUCAGUAACUUAUAUUUUGGCACCUGCAUCAAAGCUCUACUUGACUUUUAUGCACUAUGUAUCAUGAAAUAUUCCAAUAACGUAUCCAAUCAUCAUGAUUGAAUUGAAUGAAUGAGGAUACAAAACCCACUUAUGCCAUAUGAUAAACUCCACUUUUAAAAUCCUAUGUCCUCAUCCCCACUGUAAACUCUAUGGAGCUCAGCUUUCUAUGCUUUCUAUGUUUGCUUUUGACAAUAAAGUAUGAUUUAUUAUCAAAUCAAAACAUGCUCCAAGCACAAUUUCAUCGUAACAUCACCGCAACCAAAUUAUCAAUUGAUUGCUUCAAGAGGGUUGUUAUAUGUUCCCUGCCCAUGUGA